CAUAGUUCUUACAAUAUACGCAUGUUUAAGUUAUUUCAGAGUAACAAUGCUUUAUUAAGCUUCGAUCGGAAAUCAAAGAAGUCGUCAUGACGGAGAAGUCUGAAAUUGAUGUCGUGAUUGAUGAAAUAUUCGAACAGCUGAGCUCUACUGAAGCGACCUCUCAAGAUGGCUUACAGAAACUACAAGACCUCAUCGAAAAAAGUAAACACUCCCUGCGUCCUUCUAGUCCUAAAGAUAGCAACUGGCUGGAAUCAUUAGAGACUAAAAUCACCUCGUUUAUGACGACAAAGCCAUACAACCCAAAUAAGCAAAGAAGUGCGUUGAUAGCACUGGACUUGCUGAUCAAAAACCAAGUGAGAUUGACCCACUAUACGCGUCAUUUGGGGACAAUCACGCUGAUACGGCCGAGUAAAGAUAUCGAACUGCAAGAACAUGCAGCUUCAACAUUGGGAAAGUUACAUCAAGCUUCUGGAAAUAAACACACUCAAAGCGCCGAGUAUCAAAUCAGAAUAUUCUUCGAAUUUUUGAACCAUUGUGAAGAUGAUACCCAAAUGUUACAAGCAGUGUUGAUGUUGAGAGAGAUUGCAACAUCAAUGCCGUCUCUAUUCAUUGGAAAAGCGGAGGGCGACCAUUUCUUUUCCAGAAUCAUUCCGGCGUUUAAGAGUAACAGCGAAACUAGAAAUCGCGGAUCUGCGUUGCUGAACGUUGUGAUUCGUCUUUACGCGAUGCGUGAAGAGAAAGAUCGAAAGAAGGUAACGCGUCUAGAGCAAAGAAACACUUGGGCGUAUCAAGUGUAUAAAAAUUUUAGAUCGCUCUCAGAAAACUUAUCGAAUGAAACUGAUUGUCAUGGAGCUAUUCUAAUGCUGCAUGAACUGGUUUCAGUCGCUAAUAAACUGGACAUAAGUCCUCUAGAGUUGAAACUUCAAGACUAUCACGCAGGGAGUUUUGCGCCCCUGAGAAAACAAUCGUUCAAUGCUUUGCCCGUUGAAAAGUUCGAAGCACUCCAAGAAUCGAAUCAAUCGAGGAAAGAACUGCCGAAAAAUGUACAUAGUAAGAUUUCGAGGAAUAUGGUGACGAGUCACUUCCAUGAUAUAUGCAACAGUGUUCUGUCUAUCAUGUUGGUUCAACCCACUAAUAAGGACCCUAAUGUGCGAGCUUCUUUGAUAAGUCUGAUACCCCGGCUAGCCGCAGUUGAUCCCAGUGAAUUUGAGAACCAUAAGGUCGAAGGCCCAAUUGCUGGCUUCCCAGGUCUGAAAAAGAUAUUCCACGAAUCAUUGACUUAUCUCAUAGACAGCUACAAUCUCAAAACUCAAGUUCCAGACAAGCGACCAAAUGUUUCCGGUGGUGAUACAAAUACUGAUUGCGAAAUUAAAUCGUUGGCUUUGUUAGUUCAGAUCAUGAGCAAUCGAAUCAUGGAUAGCCCAACUCACAAAGAGCGAAUCAUGAAGCACAUUUCGCAGAUAUUCAUCAUGGAACCUAUGUCUCUCAAACGCUCAAGGGGUGGAAGUUUAGUACCACAACCUCUCCACGCGCCCCCUUCCGCUUAUGCACUAAUAGCAUGUUUUGUACAGGCUCUAAAUUACUCAAUGACCGAGUCAGAAAUGCAUAAAUUAGUUGACCUUGCUAUGAAACACGGCUUGAAUCGUUACUUGGCACUAUGUUUACAUGACAUCUGCUCAAACGCUCCUUUGGAUAAUUUUGCGUUCAAGUUACAAAUCAAAAACAAACUCUUCACUGAGAUUUCUAGUAAGAUUGUUCAUUUUGAAGCUGUAAAAGUGACCGAAGAAAGUAAUGCAACUAAUCAGAACACGAUGCUAAAAAAGAAAAUGUCUACAGUAAGUAAUGCACCGGGAAGGGAAUCGUUAGAUGCAAACGAAGAUAUAACCACAGCUGUUAUAAUGGCCCUGGAAAUACUGGCUGCUUUUGAUUUCACAGGAGUUGCUCUAUCUGGAACCGUCGGGUUCUGUGCUGACAAGUUGCUAAACUAUGACAAAGGAGUCCGCUUAGCCGCUGCAAAGGCCUGUUGCAACCUUUUGAUUUCGGACGAUGCGAGUUUUUUGCUCGAUUCCAAUCGUGCUAAAACUGCGCUCUACGAAGCGGAUAGAACACUCAGAACAACACUGCCAAAGAUAAUAAACAUUGGUGUGACGGAUCCGUCUGCACAAGUGCGAUUGGCGAUCGUUUCUUCCUUGGAUGCGAGAUUCGACCCAUUUCUGGCGCAAGUUGACAAUCUGAAUUCCCUGUUCAUUGCGCUGUAUGACGAGUGUUUCAAAGUUCGCGAGUAUAUUGUGUGCAUUUUGGGACGCCUGAGUGAAGCAAAUGCUGCUUACGUAAUGCCGGCUCUGCGAAAGUUCUUGCUGCAGAGCCUGAAGGAGUUACAGUAUACGGAAGUUCCGAAAGCAAGAGAAAGGUGCUCGGUUCUCUUGGGGAAUCUGCUGUACAAUACUCCGCGACUGUUGACCGCUUACAUGGAAUCUGUCAUGAAUUGUCUCAUUCCUAAGUUAAUUGCUGCCAAUGAGACCUCCAACGUUAAUGCCACAGACAUUGCAGUUUCCAUUUCCUUCAUGCGGACGAUUGGAAUUUUAGCAGAAGUAAGUGGGCGUGAUAUUGCUCCAUAUUUUCCAAAACUAAUGCCGACCAUUUUGGAUUUUAUCAAGGAUUCUCAAAACACGAAGAGAAAAAUUGCCGGCCUGUGGACCCUGGGUAAUCUCAUUUUCAGUGGGGGAAAUGUGGUUCAGCCGUGCAUUGAUUAUCCUGAGCUUCUAGAAUUGCUACUCGAGAUGAUAAAAAGUGAAGUGUCUGUUGCUGUUCGCAACCAAACUAUCAAAGUGUUAGGCUCACUUGGACCGUUGGAUCCUUAUGUUUACAAAACUAUUUUGCAGCCAGCCAUGUUUCAAAGCCUUCGACUGGCUGAAAAAGAAACAGAAAAUGCAGACCCAAACUUGUCUGAUUUGACGUCCAUGAUAGAAACAGCCGUGAUGGAUGAUGUUUAUCCAGCGGUUGCUACAGACGCACUCCUCAAGAUCCUCGGCGAUGCGACUCAGAGUCAGUACUGGCCUCGAGUGAUUGAAGGCUUCAAGUUCAUGGUGGUUUCAAUGGGAAUCAAAAGUGUGUCAUUCAUUGGAAGAGUAAUCCCAGCUUACUUGAACGUGCUGCAGAACAUCCCUAUUAAUACGGAUCGGAAUAAAAUGUCAGAAAUUGUGCUGAUCAGCUUGACAAAAAUUGUUAACACAGUCAAGGAUCACAUACGGCCCUACUUGAAAGAAAUCGUCGAAUGUCUGAGCCAAGUGUGGUCUACUGCCCUUGAGAAAAAUUUGAUCGAACUUUUGGGAUGCUUGGCAAAAUAUGUUGGCAGUGAUUUGAAACAGCAUUUUCAUUUGGUCUUGCCAAAGGUAAUCGAGAUAAUCAAACGAGAUGUGAAGUCCCCAAACCCAGUCGUUAAAAGUUUGGUCGAAAGCUUCCGGACUUACGGUGUGAUGCUUGAAGGCUAUAUUCACAUACUAUUACCUGCCUUGAUGGGUUGCCUGGAGGCAACCAACCAAAGCAUUCUGAAAAUAGAAAUCUGUUCUACGUUGAUUUACUUCUGCGAAAAAAUGGACAUGACUGAUUACUCCAGUCUAAUGAUUCACUCAUUGCUGCGAGUUGUAGAACAUGAUCAUUAUCUAAAUCAAAGGCUCUCGUAUAGUAGUCAAAGUUCUUCAGGAGCUGGAACAUCGAUCGGGCCACAAGGAAACGUCACACUGCCAGUGUGUGACAGACCAGUCACGAACCGAGUAUUCGACGUUCUGGCUGCCAUUUGCUUUAUCCUCAAGACCCGGUUCCACAUUUUUAGACCGGUGGUAGAACAAGUAGCUGAUAAAUACAGAGUAAAUCAUUUGAACUACCUUUUUGUUCUGGAGAAUAUCGAUCACAUGUUUUACUCGCAGACUGGGAAGUAUCGAUCGGAUAUAGGGGCGAGAAUUUUUGACAGAAAUAAAAAUAGAGCCGCAGCUCCUGGACAAUUGGGACCCGCGAUGGAAAUUGGAGCGGCUCAAAGGCAUUCAAUAGAGUCGGAUCUUCCCAUGUUGAAGCGUUCCUGGUCAACAGAAGGAAAAGUGUCGAAAGAUGAUUGGACUAGUUGGUUCAAAAAUCUCUCAUUCAUGCUUCUUAAUAAGUCACCUUCACCCAUUUUGAGAGGAUGUUCGCUAUUGGAUCAUCCUCAGCUAAGAAAGGACUUGUUCAAUGUCGCAUUUUUGUCAUGUUGGGUGGAGUUAGAUCAACUGCAUCAAGAUGAAUUGAUACACGAGUUGAAAACUGCUUUGGAGUUUGAGGAUGCGCCAGAGUUGACUCUUGCCAUAUUAAACUUGGCAGAGUUUAUGGAACAUUCGGAGAAGGGACCUUUGCCUUUAGACCAUUUGCUUCUGGGUAAAGUAGCGGAGAAAAAUGGUGCUUAUGCGAAAGCGCUGUACUACCGAGAAAGCGCUUUAAGAAGUCACGAACCAGGCGCUAAAGAGAUACCCGAAAUUCUGGAAAGCUUGCUGCACGUGAACACAAAGUUGCAUAAUUAUGACGCCGCCACUGGAGUUCUGAAACUGGCCACCACAGGUGUAGAUGAGUCGUGGUAUGAGAGUCUGGGACAGUGGGAAAAUGCAUUGAAACAGUAUAAUUUAAAAGUGGGCGAAGCGCUAAAACCGAAACAUGUGGUCGGAAAAAUGAGAUGCCUGGAAGGUUUAGCCGAAUGGGAAGACUUGCAAAUGCUGGUUAAAGAUGUUUGGGGGCGCACUGACUAUCUUGUUAAUGAUUACCCGGAAACAAUUGCGGAUCUAGGUGUGAAAGCAUGUUGGGCCUUGGGAAACUGGGAGGAAAUGAAUACUUUCAUUACUGCACUACCGACAAAUGCUCCGAAACAGACAUUUUACAAAGCAGCGUACGCAUUGCACAAAAAAGAUACAAUAAACGCGAUGAAAUUGAUUCAAGACUGUAGAGAUUUAGUCGACAACGACUUGACGACAUUGGUCAAAGAAAGUUAUAGUCGAGCUUAUGGUACGUUGGUGGAAUUGAAACACUUCAGCGAAAUGGAGGAGGUUAUUUCAUAUACCUUCAUGAGAUCCAGACAGGAUUCGAUUAAGCAGAUGUGGCGAGAUAGACUUUUAGGCGGUCAGCCGAAUGUUCAUGACUGGCAGAACUCUUUGUUGGUUCAUUCGUUAGCCAUUCGUCCAGAGGAUAACGAAGUGACUUUGCUGAAAUUUGCGGGUCUUUGCAUGCGGCAAAAUCGUAUGAAGAUCAGCUUCAAAGUACUGCAGUCCUUGCUUCCAGACAUAAAGUUCCCAGAUAACCAGAAGCUGCAAGAGAUACGAGACCCAGAUAUAUUGGAUCAUGAAAUUGGUGAUAUGACAGAACGUCUUGCCGGUGCAUGUUCUAACAAGAUAUCAGUUGUUUACAUGUUUCUUAAGCAGCUUUGGGAGGUACACAGGAGAAAUGAUUUGGUGAAACGCAGAUUGAUCCAGUCUCUGGGUAUGAUUACGAACAAAGUUAUGGGUUUGUAUUCGGGCAUGUAUGUUCCUGAAAUGAUGAUGGCGGCUCGACGAUAUGACAAUGGUCGAGGCAAGCAAGUUGCCCGUUUUUGCUUACUUUACGCGUCAUGGCAAAAAUCGUUUGGAAUUAACGUCAGGUCGAUUAGUGAUAUAAUUGCGAACUGCCAGUAUGCUACUGAAAACUGCAAGAAUUGGUACAAAGCAUGGAGAAUGUUAGCAGAGAGCAGUGCAGAGGCAUUCCAGUUGAUGAGGGCUAGUGGAUCUAGUAAUGGAGGAUCAUCAGGCAGCGCGAACACUCUACACAUACCAUCACAGCAAACAUCUCUGCCAGUAGGACCUUCGCCUCAGAUGUACGCCAGGAGUUCAAGCGCCAGGUCUCUGGGGUCAACGAAUGGAUCCCAGUCAAUGUUGCAGACUUCUCAUAGCAAUCCAGUUACAUUGCACUUUUUAGUGGCUGUUAAUGCGUUUGUGAAGUCUAUUCGAUGUUGCUGGGAUAAGAAGAAAGACACACUUCAAGAUACUCUACGACUUCUGACACUACUGUUUGAGAAUGCAGGAAUUCUCGAAUCACCAGAAUUCGUUUUGGAUACUUUGAAACAAGUACAUGUUGAUGUAUGGCUUCAAGUGAUUCCUCAGUUGAUAGCUCGAGUAGCAAGUGCGCGCUCUGUUAUCGGAAAAAUCAUUAUACCACUUCUGGUGGAUAUCGGAAAAGCACACCCGCAUGCGGCAGUGUAUUCCCUAAUGGUAGGUGCGAAGUCUACUAGUCCCGCGAGAGCACAGGCCGUGCAGACAGUUCUGGAUGCAAUGAAAGACAGAUAUCCUGAGAUAGUGAAGCAGGCCCAGAUUCUGAGUCACGAACUAAUCCGGGUCUCAAUUCUCUGGCAUGAGCUGUGGCACGAAGGGCUUGAGGAGGCCAGCCGCAUGUACUUUGCUGACCGGAAUCCGCGAGGCAUGUUUGCUAUCCUGGAGCCACUGCAUGAUUUAAUCGAGAAGGGAGCCGAGACCAUGAAAGAGCAGAGUUUUAUGCAGCACUUCGGGAGAGAUCUGACUGAGGCAAAGGAGUGUUGUAACAGAUACCAGCAGCAGGGGAACGCCAGAGAACUCAGCCAAGCCUGGGAUCUCUACUACCAGGUUUUCCGCCUUAUCACAAAACAAAAUCUGUCCAUGACGUCGCUAGAACUGAACUACGUCUCGCCUCGCCUGUUGAAUGCCUGUAGAGACCUGGACUUGGCUGUUCCAGGCACAUACGAACCCAAUCAGCCUAUCAUACGAAUUUCCUCGGUAAAUCCAGUGGUCAUGGUAAUCGGAUCUAAGCAGAAACCGCGCAAGCUGUGCAUCAGUGGGAGCAACGGAAAAGACUACCAGUUCCUUCUGAAAGGGCACGAAGACAUGCGACAGGAUGAGAGAGUUCUUCAGUUAUUUGGAUUGGUCAACUCGCUUCUGGACAAAGACAAGCACAACCUCAAACGGAACUUGGGUGCCAUACCCCAGUACGCAGUGAUCCCACUCUCUACUAACUCUGGUCUUUGUGGCUGGGUGCCGCAUUGUGACCCCCUGCAUACACUGAUCAAGGAGUACAGAGAGAAAACUAAAAUACAUCUCAACUGGGAGCACAGACUGAUGCAGAAAAUGGCCCCGGAUUACGACCAUCUUACCAAAAUGCAGAAAGUGGAGGUGUUCGAAAAUGCACUGAACAAUACCAAUGGCAUGGAUCUGGCCAAAAUCAUGUGGUAUCGCAGUGCCAAUUCUGAGAUCUGGUACGAGAGGCGUCUGACCUACACCAAAUCAUUAGCUGUGAUGUCGAUGGUGGGCUAUAUUUUGGGCUUGGGUGAUCGUCAUCCUUCUAAUAUUAUGCUGGAAAGAACUACAGGGAACAUUAUUCACAUUGAUUUUGGUGACUGCUUCGAAGUAGCGGUCCAUCGGGAAAAGUUUCCAGAAAAGAUUCCUUUCAGGCUGACGAGGAUGUUAAUUAAGGCCAUGGAAGUGAAUGGAAUUGAGGGUAAUUACAGAGCAGCUUGUGAAACAACUAUGCGGCUAUUACGUCAGAACAAGGACAGUCUUAUUGCAGUUCUGGAGGCAUUCGUGAACGACCCGCUGCUCAACUGGCUGGCGUUGGACAUGAGGAAUGGUCAUCAGCAGAAUGUGCCGUACCAUGGCAGCCAGCAAUCGCAGUAUCAUUCUCAAAGAAGUAACGGAGCUGUUAAUGGGCAGCCAACUUCCAAUAACGGACACCAACGAGGCUCAUCCCGAGGGACUGCGACGAACGGAGCAUCGGGUGACGCGGCACUGAACUUGGGACAUGCAGUUGGACAACCGGAGGGAAAUAGAAAGGCAUUGGAUGUUCUGAAACGCGUGAAUGACAAGUUGGACGGUGCAGAUUUUGGACCGAAUGCGAUCUUGGAUGUAGAAACUCAAGUUUCCAAACUGAUCACACAAGCGACGUCGCAUGAGAAUCUUUGUCAGUCUUAUAUUGGGUGGUGUCCGUUUUGGUGAAGAACAGAUUUCUUUGUGACUGCCUAGCCUAUCUAUACAAUUUGUCAUCAUUGUCCUUUGAUCUUAUGAACAAAUAUAGUGUAGAUUUAAUUACGAACUUCUAUCUUUCGUGAGAUAAAAAUUUUGGAUUUUUCUGAUAGAUAAUAUAUCUAGUUAGUUAACAUGUGCUCUUUUCAUAAUAUUUCAUUUAAUA